AUAGGAAACGAAACAAAUGCCACUGCCGCAGGGCCGCCCGCCCGGCACGGUGGCCACCGCUGCACAGCCCUAGGGUUCUCGUCGCCCGCGACCGCGAUGUCGGCACCGCCGGCGCGGACGCUCGCGGACCUCGAUGGCGACGUGCUGGCCCACUGCGCCGGCUACCUCGGCCACCGCGACGUCGCCAGCCUAGCCAGGGCCUGCCGGCCCCUGCGCGCCGCCGCCUACAGCGACGCCGUCUGGUACCGCCUCUUCAGGGAUCAAUGGCCAUUUGAGAAGAUUCGUGGAGCUGUAGGGCUCAGAGAACUAUACAUCCGUAGGCACACUGAAGUACAUCAAAUGAAAUUUGAUGACCCUCUAUCAGCUAUUUUUUACCUAAAUCCUGCGGAAACAUCACCGAGCCACCUAAUGCUUGAUAAGAACUCUGUCUGGUUGUCUCAGGGUUCAGUUGCCAAAAAACUUAGUUUUGAUUGGCCGGUAUCUGAAGUGGUGGAGACUCACAGAAAUCAUAGUGCAAGGAUCACUUGUAUGAGGUCAUUUUCACUGAUUGAUACCCCACUGUUUCGAAGUGAUACACAAAAAAAUGAAAAAGCAUUAGUCACUUCAAGCACAGACAGAACAAUCCGUCUUUGUUGGAAGGGUCACUCACGCUGUUACAAGGGCCAUUCAGCACCAGUCACCGCUCUGGUUGAUAAGUUGCUUGUGGAUGGUGAAUCUAAAGUACUUGCAAGUGGAGGGGAAGACUGCACCAUUCGCCUAUGGUCUAUGAGUACGAGGGCGAAAAAUCACCCUCUAAUAGCAACAUUUCAUGGGCAUGAAAAAGCAUUGUCAUUUUUAUCUGUUGCUCGGCAUAAGUCCUCCCUGUUGGUGAGCUGUUCCAAAGAUUCAAAGGUUAAAGUUUGGGAUACAGUGGCUGCUUCCAGUGGUUCAUCGUCAUGUGUAGGCAGUACUCACAUCAACUCAAGCGGUCCACCAAUUGCACUGAAGUGCCAUGAAUCCCUUUGCUACAUGGUCGCUGGAUCUGAAGUGACAGCGAUCGACUUGAGGACAAUGAAGAAGGCUUCUGUUCUUGCACUCCACAACCACGGAAUACUUUCUUGUGAGAUGCUGCCUUCCGAGUGGUUAAUAUGCACCGGCACAAAAGACAAGGCUCUCCUUUGGGAUAUCCGCAAGGGUCAAGAACUCCCAAAUGCAGUGGCGGAACUGCAUUCAGAUGGCCCAGUGACUCUGCUUCACCUGGAUCCAUAUAAGGUGGUGACCGGGGUGCCAUCAGACUGCGAGGUCCAUGUCUGGGAAACUCGAACAGGUGAACUGUUGAACACAUUGAGCUGUGGUGAGCCUGCAGACUUGGGAGGGAGAAGCAGAUUGUCAGCCAUGGCUGUGGACGGGUGCAGGAUCGCCAUGGCGGGCAGCUCUCCAGAAGCCAGCGUGUUUCACUACCGGGACUUUGUGAAGUCUUCAGCCCCUGUAUCUUUGCCUGGCAAGGAGGUUUCCAGGUUCUGGCGGCCCCAGUUCGGCUACAACGAUAGCGAUGAUGAAGAAUAAUUUUUAAUUUAGUUAAGCUAUCUCACCGGAGCUUCAGUUUUGGCUACUGGCUGUUGUAAAACAAGAGAUAAAUGAUUGUAAAUGAGCGUGAUUUUUGAGGUUAUGUAUUCGUUUGUGAGGUUUAAUAAGUAUAUCUCGCCACUGGCCUUUGUAUUGUAAAAUGUGCAUCAAGUCAGAUGAGCAUCUUUGUCAA